CUCUCUCUCUCUCUCCCCCGCCCCCCCUCUCUCUCUCUCUCUCCCCGCUCCGAGGUUUGAUCUCCGACGUAGAAAUCUGAGGCGGCAUAUCGUAGCAGUUUGAGGUAGCUGGGGGUGAUUGGUGACAAGAAGGAGAGGAAUCGAUCGUGUUUGUCGUUGGAUUUUUGAAGUCGCUCUACAAAUUGAUGGAUUCCGAUCUCUGGAUCUCUCGCCUCGCCGCCGCAAAGAGGCAUUACUCGACCCGGCACCGGCAGAAUAUCCAACCAGACCGGCCGAGCAUCGAUGAGUUCGAGAUGGAGGAGGAGGAGGAGGUCCGCCCGGAUUUCCCAUGUCCCUACUGCUAUGAGGAUCACGACAUCACGUCUCUCUGCUUUCACCUCGAGGAAGAGCAUGGUUUCGAGUCCAAAGCAGCUGUUUGCCCUAUCUGCUCUACUAAGGUUACAAAAGACAUGCUGAAUCAUAUAACCCUCCAACAUAGGCACAUACUCAAGCUGCAGCGACGUCAAAGAUUUCAUAGAUUUGCCAUGCCUAGCAGUCAGACACUCUCUCUUCUGAGGAGGGACCUUCGAGAGGCUCAUCUGCAGGUGCUUUUGGGAAGUGCUGGUUACAGAUCUAACAACAAUGAAGAAUCAAACAUCACAGCUGAUUCCUUUCUUUCAUCACUUCUUCUGAAUUUUCCAACAUCUGACACAGACGAAACUUUGAAACGUAUCGCUGAUGAGAGCUUAUAUAGAAAAAAAGAAUCACAUGUUCCUGCUUGGAAAUCAAGUUUGAACUCCUCAUUGACACAAGAGCAAAGGGAACAACGGCGAAAACAGGCGACAAUCAGAGCAACUUUUAUGCAAGAUCUGCUCCUCUCCACCCUUUUUGGUGACCAGAUAAGCUGAUAGAUGGAAUAUCAGAAAUUCUAAUUGGUUAGAGCAUAAUUACUCUCUACAAUCAUGUUUAGAUUUCUUGUGUCAAACAGUGGCUGUCUUCAAUGGCUGAAGGUGCCAGACUGUGGAAAACUUGGUACAAGCCUGAUAAGCGUUAGCUUGAGGCAUUCUCGGUAUAAGUUUCUUCCCUACAUCUCAGAAUAGAGAUCAAAUUGGACAAAUGUAAACUCCCUUAAUGUCCUUGGUACAAGAUUGCUUGUUUAUUCUGUGACAAUACAAUCUUAAAAGUUUUGACGGUA